AUGUGCUGUGUCACUCCACUGACAUCCAGCAACAAGCAACAGAGAGAGCCCAGAGACUCCAGGAGAUCUGGGGAGCCCUUCUCUGAAGCUGUGUACGAGGAGAUUGAGUACAGCCCAAUGAGGGAGAAGAAAAUGAGAUUCAGUUUCUCAGACAUCCCUGUUCUGCCUGGUGAUUCCCCAGUGGAAGGCUAUGAUGAUGCCAGGGAGGUUUCUGACCCUGGAGAGCAUCCUGUCCCAGGGCAGGGAGACUGGCAAGUGCCUAGGGCACAGGAGGACGGAGAGGGACCCAGGGAUGCUGCCAGAGUUCCAGGGAAAAUUCCUGAGUUGCCACCUUUACCUGGGCGCUCAAGCAUUACCAGUAGAGAAGGUAUAUGCUUCGGGAAGAGAACAAGGGUCAACCAGAAGAAGAGCUCUGUGUCCAGUCAAGUUCCAGUGGUCCCGGCAGUGUCCUCUGCCAAAAAGAUGGCUGUGACUGGCAAAACCCACAGCGAAGGCACUACCAAAAGCACGGCACCACCGGUGGGUCCAGCACAGGCAAUCAAAGCCCACAGGUGCAAAGAAGAACAAGGUGCGGCGAAGCUGGCGCUGAGCAGCCAAGGUCAGCACAAAGUCACAGCCAAAGGAGAAGCACCAGAGCCAGGUCGCACUCAUGGCGUGGAAGCUCAGAGGUGCAAAGAAGAAAGAGGAGCAGUGAAGCCGGCGCUGAUCAGCCAGUUUCAGGGGAAACACACAGCCAAAGCUCCAGCACAAGGCUCAGGUCGAGCUCAGGCAGUGGAACCUCAGUGGCUCAGAAAACAAGGAGCAGUGAAGCCGGCGCUGACCACCAGCCAGUUUCAGGGCAAACUCGCUGCCAAAGGCAAAGCAUCAGAAAUGCUUCCAGCACAGCCAAUAAAAGCUCAGAGAGGGAAAGAAGAAGAAAGAGGAGUGGUGAAGCCGGCACUGGCAAGCCAGUUCCUGGGCAAAUACACAGCCAAAGCUUCAGCACCAGAGGCAGGUCGAGCCCAGGCAGUGGAAUCUGAGAGCCACAGAGGAGGAGGACGAGCAGGAGAGAAAAUCUUCUGUGAUGGCAGAGUGCUGGAGGCAAACAAAGAGCUGAGUGGCCCUCAUGGAGUGCAGCCUCCAAUGAUAAUACCUACAAUAGUGAUUGAAUCACCAUCAAGCUCUGAGCACAGUCUGCCCGAGGAGCCCAUCUAUGACACCUCCCUUUUGAUGCCACCACCACGCAUCCACAAGCGCCGACGAUCCCGAGAGAGGGCACAAAAGAGAAAACUGCUGGACUCUGGGAAUACAAGGAAGACUAUCAGAGCAGACGCUGUGGAGCACGAGAAACAGCAUGUGAAAGCAAGGCUGAGAACCAAGGAUGUCUCCAGAAGAAGAGAAAAGCAAAAGGAACAGCUCACGGCUCUGACUGGAUAAGCGCCUGCAUGCAUGCUUAGGGAGUGCUUGUGGAAUACUUGGUUGCCGUGUAAAGGCGGGUGGGAAAGCUGUAAAGGUGGAUGGGAAAGCUAAAAAAAGGAAACUGGUGAACGUGUAUAAGUGA